CACUUCAGGGAACACCUUGACAAACUUUUUGCCAAAGGGAUUGGAAUGCUGGACAUUGCCUUAGUUGAAGCUUUCAAUAUGCUCAGUGAUUUCAAUCACACAGGACAAGGAAGUAUUUGCAGUCAAGCCAUAAUGCUGAUUACUGAUGGUGCUGUGGAUACAUAUGAUGCAAUCUUUGAAAAAUAUAAUUGGCCGGAUAGGAAGGUUCGCAUUUUCACCUACCUGAUAGGAAGAGAAGCUGCCUUUGCAGAUAACCUCAAAUGGAUGGCUUGUGCCAACAAAGGGUUUUUCACUCAGAUCUCUACUCUAGCUGAUGUGCAGGAAAAUGUUAUGGAAUAUCUCCACGUGCUCAGUCGACCUAAAGUGAUUGAUCAAGAACAUGACGUGGUAUGGACUGAAGCCUAUGUCGACAGUACUCUUCCUCAGGCUCAAAAGCUUGCUGACGAUCAGGGAUUGGUUUUGAUGACCACUGUGGCCAUGCCAGUAUUUAGUAAGCAAAAUGAGACUAGAUCAAAAGGCAUUCUCCUGGGAGUUGUGGGCACAGAUGUUCCAGUGAAAGAACUUCUAAAGGCAAUUCCAAAAUACAAGCUAGGUAUUCACGGAUAUGCAUUUGCAAUUACAAAUAACGGAUAUAUUCUGACUCAUCCUGAACUCAGGCCUCUGUAUGAAGAAGGGAAAAAGCGAAGAAAGCCCAACUACAGCAGCGUUGACCUCUCUGAGGUUGAAUGGGAAGACAGAGAUGAUGUGCUUCGAAAUGCAAUGGUGAAUCGGAAAACAGGAAAAUUCUCCAUGGAAGUGAAGAAAACAGUGGAUAAAGGGAAGCGAGUGUUGGUGAUGACAAAUGACUACUAUUAUACAGAUAUCAAGGGGACCCCUUUCAGUUUAGGUGUGGCUCUGUCUAGAGGACAUGGCAAAUAUUUUUUCAGAGGGAACGUGACAAUAGAAGAAGGAUUACAUGAUUUAGAACAGCCUGAUGUCUCUUUGGCAGACGAAUGGUCAUAUUGCAACACAGACUUGCAUCCGGAACACCGCCAAAUGACUCAACUGAAGGCAAUUAAAAACUAUCUCACAGGGAAAGAGCCUUUGCUUCUCUGUGACAAAGAAUUGAUACAGGAAGUCUUAUUUGAUGCAGUGGUGAGUGCCCCAAUUGAAGCUUAUUGGACCAGCCUUGCACUAAAUAAAUCAGAAAAUUCAGACAAGGGAGUAGAAGUUGCCUUCCUUGGAACUCGGACAGGCCUUUCUCGGGUCAAUCUUUUUGUUGGGCCAGAACAACUAACUAAUCAAGACUUCUUGACAGCUGAAGACAAGGAGAAUAUUUUUAAUGCGGAUCAUUUCCCACUUUGGUAUCGAAGAGCUGCUGAACAGAUUCCAGGAAGCUUUGUCUACUCCAUUCCAUUCAGCACAGAAACAGCCAACAAGAGCAAUGUGGUGACAGCAAGUACUGCCAUACAGCUGCUGGAUGACCGAAAGUCACCUGUAGUAGCAGCUGUAGGUAUCCAGAUGAAACUGGAGUUUUUCCAAAGGAAAUUUUGGACUGCCAGUAGGCAGUGUACUUCUCUUGACGGUCGAUGUUCUAUAAGCUGUGAUGAUGAGAAUAUUAAUUGUUACCUCAUUGAUAAUAAUGGAUUUAUAUUAGUUUCAGAAGACUAUACGCAGACUGGAAACUUCUUUGGUGAGAUUGAAGGUGCAGUGAUGAACAAAUUGCUAAUAAUGGACUCAUUUAAAAGAAUUACUCUUUAUGACUACCAAGCCAUGUGUAGAACAACCAAAGAAAGUAGUGAUAGUGCCCAUACCUUAUUGGAUCCUUACAAAGCUUUCUUUGCUGCAGUCAAAUGGAUUGUGACUGAACUUGUCUUGUUUCUGGUGGAAUUUAAUCUAUGCAAUUGGUGGCAUUCAGAUCUUAUAGCAAAGGCUCAGCGAUUGAAGCAAACCCUAGAGCCAUGUGACACUGAAUAUCCAGCUUUUGUUUCUGAACGCACAAUCAAGGAGACCACAGGAAAUAUUUAUUGCGAUAACUGCUUCAAUCAGGGAGGAGCCAGGCUGAAUCUCUUCCUAGCAUCAUCUCUUUUUCCAAGGCUUAAGGAAUGCUUUUGCCCUUCGAAGCCAUCUCCACGGGUCUCUACAAAUGUAUCCUGACUGGGAGGGCUUUCAGUGAGUCCCCACUUUGGAAUGUGAAGUGGAUGGGGGUCCAAAAGCAGA